ACAGGCUUGGAAACCAGAAGGGAGCAACAGAAGCAGUGUUAUGGCGGAGGCAGGAACAAAGAAGAGGAAAAUGGGAGAGAGAAGAGGAAAUUCCGCCGCAACGGCGCCAAAAUGGCCCCUCAUUAAACCCAAACAAAAUCUCCAGAUUACCCGCCUCAAAGAUACUGAUCUGUUCACUGUCCAGAAUUUCUUCACACCUGCUGAAUCAAAGGCAUUCGUUAAAGCUGCAGAAUCUGUUGGUUUUGUUCAUCAAGGGAGUUUGGGUCCAACUAAAGGUGAAGCUUAUAGAGAUAAUGACAGAAUUUCUGUGAAUGACCCUGUUCUAGCGGAUACGAUAUGGGAGUCUGGUCUUAACCAGUUGUUUUCUGAUGUCAAAAUUCGAGGGAAAGUUGCUGUUGGUUUGAAUCCAAAUAUUAGAUUCUACAGGUACAAGGUUGGUCAACGCUUCGGUAGGCAUAUCGAUGAAAGUGUAGAUAUUGGAGAGGGAAAACGCACGCAUUAUACAUUGUUGAUAUAUUUAAGUGGUGGAACACCCAAAGGGAAAAAUAACGUGAAGAACCCCAAGGACUCUUCAUCAGACCAUCUCUUAGGUGGAGAGACCGUCUUCUAUGGUUCAAGAAAUGGUGUUGUAGCUGAGGUGGCUCCUACAGAAGGGAUGGCUCUUCUGCACAUUCAUGGGGACAAAUGCAUGUUACAUGAAGCUCGAAACGUAACAAAGGGUGUCAAGUAUGUUUUUCGUUCAGAUGUAGCAUUUGCUUGAUGACUGGGGAAUCCACUUCAAAUGAAGCACUGCUUGUAUGUCAAUUUCACUCAAUGUUGUACCUUUGUCGUCCUUGUUUUGGUGUUUAGAUAGUUGACCGAGUUACUAUAUAAGCCAUGAUAGAUUAACGACUUUGAUUUCUUCACCUUAUACUUUUGAAGUUGCUAGAGAAAUGUGGGUUGCAAAACAUGUGCAUUUAUGGUGCUUCGGCUUUAAGCAAUGUUGCAUCAUCUUUUCUUAAUCGGUAUAUAGAUAUAUGGGGAUUUUCCCAUGUAGGAUCCCUUUAUGUUAUAGAUGUGAUGGCUAAAAUGCCAAAGUUAAAAUAUAUUGUUUUAAUUUAUAUGGAGGAUCUUUCAUUGAAGAAUUUCUUUAUUUA